AUGGACAAUAACGAACGAAGAGCUGAGGGACCAGGAGAAGCUGGUGAAAAGCGUAAGAAGAGGAAUAUGGGAAGGGCAGAAUGGAGUCGGCACAUGGUAGACAAGAGAGCGCGCAAUGAGGAGCAAAACGAAGCCAAACGGCGCAAGCUUGAGAACGGUGAAGAAGUGUCAGGGCCUAUCUAUGCGACACAUUUCUCGCCGGAAGAUAUCGAAAAUGAGCAGCGGCGGCCGAAGAAGAAGGUUGCUGUAUUAAUUGGAUACGCUGGGACGGGCUAUCAUGGAAUGCAAUUGAGUGACAAGGAAAAGACCAUCGAAGGAGAUCUGUUUACCGCGUUCGUUGCGGCGGGUGCCAUCUCCAAAGCCAACGCUGCCGACCCCAAAAAGUCGUCUUUGGUCCGAUGCGCGCGCACAGACAAGGGUGUCCAUGCGGCGGGUAACGUCGUUUCGCUAAAACUGAUUGUCGAAGAUCCAGACAUCAUUAAGAAGAUCAACGAGAAGCUUUGCCCACAGAUCCGGGUUUGGGAUAUUCAGGUCACGAAUAAGGGAUUCAGCUGUUACCAGAUGUGCGACUCUCGUGUCUACGAGUACCUGAUUCCAAGCUAUUGUUUCCUCCCGCCACAUCCCAGCACUUAUCUUGGCAGGAAGAUUGCCGAGCUUGCCGAGAAGGAAGGAGACCUUGAAGCUUACAAAGCCCGACAGGAGGAGGUAGCUACCUACUGGGAAGACGUCGAUAAUGAGCGUAUCAAGCCUAUUCUACAUAACUUCCCAGAAGAUCUCCGCAAGUUAGUCGAAAAGGCUCUAUACUUUGAUGAGGAGAGAGCUCCAGAAGACGAAGAUGCCGGUCAGAAAGAGUCGGCGCAACAAACCUCCUCCGAAGUUAACCCUGCAGAUUCCGAACAAACCACCCAAGACAAGAGCACAGAGGUAUCGGCCGAAGAAGAAGCCCGCAGACGGCAAAUCUACGAGGCUGUCAAGAAAGUCAAGACCGCCUACACCGAAGCCAAACGAGCAUACCGGAUCCCCACCACCCGUCUGGACCGCCUGCAAGCCACACUAGACAAGUACGUCGGCACCAACAAUUUCUACAACUACACCAUCCAGAAGACCUACACCGACCCCUCCGCCAAGCGCUUCAUCAAGUCCUUCAAGGUCGACCGCAACCCGAUCAUCAUCAACGGCACCGAGUGGCUCAGCCUCAAAGUCCACGGCCAAAGCUUCAUGAUGCACCAGAUCCGCAAGAUGGUCGCCAUGGCGACAAUGCUCGUCCGAGCCGGGUGCGAUCCCCAGCGCAUCGUGGACUCAUACGGACCCACCAAGAUCGCCAUCCCCAAGGCGCCGGGACUGGGCCUGCUGCUGGAACGGCCCAUCUUCGACGGCUACAACAAGAAGGCAACCACCACGCUGGGCAAGGAACCCAUCGAUUUCAGCAAGUAUCAGAAGGAAAUCGACGAGUUCAAGCAGCGGGAGAUCUACAAUCGGAUCUUCCGCGAGGAAGAGCAAGCGAAUGCGUUCUCGGUGUUCUUCAACCAUAUCGAUCACUUCAGCCAGGAGACAUUCCUUUACAUUACGUCGGGCGGUAUGGCGGCUUCUAAACUGCCAACGCCACCUACCGAUGCCACAGAGUCGGAACAGAAGGAGGACAGUAAGCGCAACCCGAAAUCUCAGAGAGAGGCCCUCGCUGCUGUGGAAUCCGAGUCGGACGGUGAGGGUGCGAAUGGUGAGGAGGGUGGUUGA